UAAAAGUAAUCUCUAUACCCAACAUGGGGCUUGAGCUCACAACGCCAAGACCAGGAUUCGCAUGUUCUACUGCCUGAACCAGCCAGGCGCCCCAGAAGGUUGCCCUUUGAAAGUGGGAGGAGGGCCCAGAGCUCAGGAAGGGGAAUUUGGGAGAUGGGGGGUAGGGCAGCCCGAGAUUGUCAUGCUGUGUCUGAUGUCCGUAGCGUAGAGCCAGCUCGGAGCAGGCGCUCCACAGCUGUUCCCCGUGGCAUUGCCACCGUGUUCCCUCUACCCUUGCCAGGGAUCUGGAUCCGUGGCCCUGAGGCUGUACACAUCCAGGCCUGCAUCUGACCCUCUGUUUUCACUGCUGCUCUGAGGCUCCUGGGUGAGGGACCAGCUCCCAGCCCUGCCCGUCCUGAUGCAGGGCCUGUGGCAGAUCAGACACAACCUGCACGUGUUGAGUAAAUAAGUGAAAUCGAAUAAAUCUACCAGUUUGGUGCAGCUGACAAAGGUUGCUACACUGAAACCUCUUACAGUACAGUGAGUGAUGACCCUGAGGGCGGGGCCACCAUCCGAUAUUUUGAUAUCAUCCAUUUGAUAUUGAGUGCUUUUUAUGUGCAAGGUAGCCUUGAAAUACACUCAUGAAAAUCUCUGAGGUGCCAUCCUUCCCUCAUGGAGCUUCCCAUCUAGAGAUGCGGGUAAAACACUACCUCUCCCACACACAGUGUAACCAGAUUUGAGGUAUUUACCAACAGUUUGCUGUAUUUCCAAAAGUAGGAUUUAUGCUAAUAAAUAUUUAAGUCUGCAAGUGUCCCAUUGAAUCAUCUUUACCUGAAACUCUAAACUUGCAGGGUGCUCAAAAAUUGCUAAAUUUACAUGUUUCGGGGAAGUGAAAGUUAAAAAUUACAACCUAACUAUAUCAUUCAAAACUGUUAAAGGACUUUUUGAAACCUGUUUUUUACAGGUUUGAUCUGUACUGACUUAUGUAUCGCUGUUAAAAUAGAAACUUUUCCCAAAGACUGAAUAAAAUAUCUGAGGCUUUCCUAGACGAUUUUUUAAAAUCUUGGCACUUUUCAUGGUUUUUUCAGUUAUUUAAUUUAUGCAUUCAAGUUAUGUUUUCUAAAAUGUAGGUAAAAGAAUGGCCAACUCCUUUGCAUCAAAGACCUUCACGGCACUUGCAGAUCUGUAUCCAAAUAUGGCUAACCUGAAAAUAAUUGGUAUAGUUAUUGGGAAAACAGAUGUCAAAGGCUUUCCAGACAGAAAAAAUGUUGGAUCCGAGAGGUACACUUUCAGUUUUACCAUUCGGGACUCACCAGCCCAUUUUGUAAAUGCAGCGUCCUGGGGCAGCGAAGGCUAUAUCAGAUCUCUUUCUGACAGCUUUAGGAUUGGAGAGUGUGUGAUCAUUGAAAAUCCUCUCAUCCAACGAAAGGAAUUAGAAAGAGAAGAAAAGUUCAGCCCGGCAACUCCUGGCAACUGUAAACUAUUGCUCAGUGAGAAUCACUCCACCGUAAAAGUUUGUUCCAGUUAUGAAGUGGACACCAAGCUCCUUGCUCUGAUAUACUUACCUAUUAAAGACUCUCGUGAUUACUAUUCACUGGGUGAUAUUGUUGCAAAUGGACACAGUCUGGAUGGAAAGAUUAUUAACGUGCUUGCAGCUGUGAGGUCGGUUGGAGAACCAAAAUACUUUACAACUUCAGACCGAAGAAAAGGCCAGAGGUGUGAGGUGAAACUCUAUGAUGAGACGGAGUCUUCUUUUACAAUGACAUGUUGGGAUAAUGAAUCUAUUCUAGUUGCACAGAGCUGGAUGCCACGAGAAACAGUAAUAUUUGCCUCAGAUGUAAGAAUAAGUUUUGACAAAUUUCGGAACUGCAUGACAGCAACAGUAAUCUCAAAAACCAUUAUUACAACUAAUCCAGAUACACCAGAAGCUAACAUCCUGUUGAAUUUUAUAAGAGAGAAUAAAGAAACAAAUCCUCUGGAUGGUGAAAUCGACAGUUAUCUGAAAGAUUCCAUAAAUUUAAAUGCAAUAGUUGAUGUCUAUACAGUUGAACAAUUAAAGGUAAAAGCUUUGAAGAAUGAAGGGAAAGCUGACCCUUUCUACGGGAUUCUUUAUGCUCACAUUUCUACACUGAACAUUGAUGGUGCAACCACAACUGUCGUUCGACGCCGAUGCUCGGGCUGUGGAUACGUUAUGAAGGAAGCAUCCGGCACCUGCCCUACUUGCCACCGAGAUUCUUUGGAACUUAAAUCUGUUUUUCUCAGCUUCCACUUGCUAAUUGAUGUCACUGACCACACAGGCACCCUCCAUGCCUGCAGCCUCACGGGAGGUGUUGCAGAGGAGACUUUAGGCUGCACGGUGAAUGAGUUUCUUACAAUGACGGAUGAACAGAAAACAGCGCUGAAGUGGCAGUUUCUUCUGGAGAGAAGCAAACUUUACUUAAAAUUCUUUUUAUCACAUAGAGCAAGGGGUGGACUGAGAGUUAGCGUGCUCUCGUGUAAGCUUGCAGACCCUACUGAGGCAAGCAAGAACUUGUCUGGACAAGGAAAUACUUAAAACAGGGUGUUUUAAACUCUGAACAAGGAUAUGAGCUUGGACUCCCUGGAAAGUGGAAAACGAGUUUGAAGAUUAUGGAUGAAAUUGUAUUUUGUUCAAAUGUGGUAAAAAUGUUUCUAUAAAUUGUUAUUAUGUUACCUUCUGGAGUUGGUUGAGAGGGGUGAAUCUUAAAAUCUCUCAUACAACCCAGCUCCUUUGUCAGAAGUCCUUUUCUUCCAGCUUUGCCCAAGUUGGAAAACGUUUGCAUGAAUUAAUAAACAAGUUUAAU